CUUCCCUCGGGAGAGGAGAUCCCCCUGCCUCCUAUCAUCCUGGGGCAGUUAGGAUCAGACCCAGCAAAGAAGACGGUGUGUAUUUACGGGCACCUUGAUGUUCAGCCAGCAAACAUCAGUGACGGCUGGGACACAGAGCCUUUUACUCUGGUGGAGAAAGACGCGUAUCAGAAGAUCGGAAAGGACCUUCCCAUCAACAUCAAAUUCUGCUUCGAGGGGAUGGAAGAAUCUGGAUCUGAGGGUCUGGAUGAUCUUGUGUUUUCUAGAAAGGACACUUUCUUUAAAGACGUGGACUACAUCUGCAUCUCUGACAACGACUGGCUGGGGGUGUUUGGUGGCUCUGUUCAUGAGGCCAUGACUGACCUCAUCGCACUUAUGGGCUCCCUGGUUGACAAAAGGGGUAAGAUUUUGGUUCCUGGGAUCUAUGACAGUGUGGCGCCUCUGACAGCAGAGGAGCAAAAGCUGUACGAGAAGAUCGACUUUGACUUGGAUGAGUACUGUAAAGAUGGCGGGGUUGAACAGCUGCUGCAUGACACAAAGGAGCAAAUCCUCAUGCACCGCUGGAGAUAUCCUUCUCUUUCCCUUCAUGGUAUUGAGGGGGCUUUCUCUGAAGCAGGAGCCAAGACGGUUAUUCCUCGCAAGGUCAUCGGCAAGUUUUCCAUCCGCCUUGUGCCUGACAUGGACCCCAAAGUUGUGAAGAAGCAGGUCAUCGAUCAUCUGCAGAAGAGGUUUGCUGAACUGGGAACCCCCAAUAAACUGAAAGUGACAGGGGACAGCGGUGCCAAAGCCUGGGUCUCAGACUUCAACCACCCACACUACAUGGCAGGGAGAAAGGCCAUAAAGACAGUCUUCGGGGUCGAGCCUGAUCUGACUCGCGAGGGCGGCAGCAUCCCAGUCACCCUGACCUUCCAGGAGGCCACAGGCCGUAAUGUCAUGCUGCUUCCUAUAGGGUCCUCUGAUGAUGGAGCUCACUCUCAGAAUGAAAAGAUCAACAGAUCAAACUACAUUCAGGGAGUCAAGCUGCUGGGAGCAUACUUCCAUGAGGUCUCUCUGCUGGAGUGAUUUGAUGGUUUCUCAUAAUGACAG